GGUUUUAUCAGAGAAGAUGUCUUCCUCAAAUUGGUGUGUUAUGCGGCAAACAGUAAAAACCUUAGUUUAUUUGCAGCACUUCUUUGUCUUACCGACCCCAGAAAAAUACGAUUAUUACAUUAUGCCUAUGAUUAAUUUUCUUUUAUCACUUUUGCUGCGACAAUUUUUACAUAUGAAAUCCAAAUAAACGAAGUAUGAAAAGGCGAGGAAACGACUUGUAAUGAUCCUUUGAAAAGGCACUCCAAAGUCUAGGAAAUCUUCGUGUAUUGGUCAUCUAUUUUCCAUUAACUUCCUUUCUUUUCAUGAAGUCCAGAGUGUAUAGGUAAAUUCGGAAGGAAUACAUAAAUAAAAUAUUGAUCAGUUUUUAUUGCUCCACGGAACGGUUUAUUAGCUAUUCUGUGAAAAGUCUACACUGCUGAAAUUAAACAUUUGAAAGAAAGCCAAUCAAAGAGAGAAUGUAGAAGUUGUUGAUGCGCAGUCUUCAUUAAAAUUGAGUACAAAGCGGGAAAAGAGAAGUAAGUACAUCUCCACCUGCUUGUUUCCCAUAUUACCGAGAACAAUGCUGGAUCUUGAGAGUCGUAGCUAAUUUGUUAUCACUAAUGUGACGACUUUGUCGGUUUCCCUCCGCAUAUUAAAAGAUCACGGCCAAUCAUCCCGGAAAUUCACGACGUAGUCUUUAGUAGAUUACCCAAUAAGUUUGUUCAGGAAAUUAUUUUUUCUCUCUGAUAACCACCACAACUUUAACCCCUUGAACGCUUGAUGAAUGUAAAAUCGGAUCAACGAGCGCAGUUUGUGCAAAGGCAAACACAUUAUUGACAGCAACAAAAUGGUAAAAUAGGCCGGUUGCCCACACUCUUUUGCUACUGUUUGUUUUAAGCUUACGUUAUGAGGGUGAUAUUUCCUUAAAAUAUCUUGCUCUUAUCAGCAUGCGUUCUGUUCACCCGAGAAAGCUCCUAAAGAUGGCAGAUUGCCUGAUUGCAACGGAAAAAGAACAUUCUGGGAAAUGAAAUGAUGUUAACAAAUGAUAUCACCGAAUAGAGAUCAGAAGAGGCAUCGUGGAUCACGACACGCUCAAGAUUAAAUCUUUGUCAGACGUCAAGAGGAAACAAUUAAUCAGUGCGUAACAACGAUAUACGGUUUACCAGAGGUAUAAAAUAAGCCUCGAAUAAGGCAAACAUCAAAAAUCACGUACUCGAAGGGAUCGUCGGAAUCGGCAUCAUCGUAGUCAACAAACGUUUCGUCAGGCAAGGACAAUGAUGAAGGUUUCCGUUGGCUCGUCAAUUCUUGUUCUGUUGUUUACCUCCCAUUUAGCCUUUCUGCAGGCGCUGCAGAAUUCAAGUGAAGUAAGCGUGUCCUCUGUGACUGAUUCCCAACUGCUACUCAACGCAACAACUGUAACUCCAACGGCAGUUCUGCAAGCUCGAGAGGACGAUUUUCCUCCCACUUGUCCUCUGAAGUUUUCCUGUCGCAAAGGAUGCGAUAACGAGACAUUUAAAGGGGAUGAUCUUGAUGGUGAUGCUGCACAUUGCCACUGUGAUCAAGACUGUCUGACGUUUCAGGAUUGUUGCGCAGACUUUACGAAUUUGUGCGAGCCAAAGCCUGUGAAUCCAGGGAUUCCACUCGGCAGGAAUUACAAUUAUUCCUGUGUGAAAUUAUCCACUGAGUUUGGUCAGAAAAAAGGCAUAUACAUGAUCACAACUUGUGCAGCUAACUGGAAUGGAAAUGAGGAUGUGCGCAGCAAAUGUCUGGCAGGGUUAAAGAGUUCGAAUCGAUCAUUUACCUCCAAAAACAUCGUGGAAGAUAUUCCAGUGGCUAGUCUCAUUCGAAACGACGGUACGCAAUACAGAAAUAUUUACUGUGGCAUUUGUAACAAUGAGCCUGCCAUUCUUCUACCCUCUUGGCAGUUAAAGUUUCGUUGUAACAUCAGAGCUCCUCCCUCAUACUACAGCGACGAGGAGAAAUUAAACUUUUUUCUAAAGUACUGCCCCACUAGGAUCCUAAGACCUAACAAAUAUUUUAAAAUACGAACUUGUUUACCAAUGAUAUCUACAUGCUCACUCGCCAAUGAGCAUCAAGACGGAUGCAUAAACGGCAAAAGUGGACUGGUUUUUUCGCAAACACAGAGAAAGAACUACAAAAACAUUCAUUGUCUGCUUUGCAAUGGUAUUUCAUUGAACACUUCUCAGUGUGGUCCUGAAGAAAAAGGAGAUUUUUUCAAGCCCAAAUCAUUUGAAAUUAUCAUGGACUUCAACCAGAAAGAGAACCAAGAUCAAAGAACACGAGAGCCGAAGCUUAGUUCGAUUACGGCAACUUGUCCAACCAACAAAGUGUUCGAUCCGCACUUGGAGACAUGCGAAACAGGUUCUAUUGUGAAUCCUUCCAAACUGUUCCAGGCAGUUCGCGAUAGCUACCGUGUAAAACUCUGGAUGCAUCCUUCAGACGAGAGCGAAUGGGCUGUGAGUGCAGAAGAAUUUAAACACGCCAUUUGUUCGAGUUUUGCUCUAGAUCCUUCGCAAAUUGAUGUCAUAUCUAUUGCAAAAGAAGACAGAUCCACCGCCGUUAAUUUCAAUCUGUACUCCGGGAGUUUGAAAACUGCUAAAAACAAUGUAUCUUACGAGACUUUGAAUGUAUCUGUCAUCCUAAACUUUAACAAAUCCUUCCCAAUUGUAAUUGAAAACAAGACCUGGAUAGUCCUUAGGAUCACUCAUCGGCAGUUAUCUUGUGCACAGCCAGAAGAAUUUGCUCCAGAAGAAUUCGUUCUACUUGCAACUGGGCAGGCUUUAGUAAACGGUAUUGGAAAUAAAACUGCAGAAUUGCUUCCCUCAAACAAGUUUUUCAUCAAACACAAUAACAGUAGCAACGAUUCCUUGGUUGUGUGCAGAUCUAAAUUUACUGUUUUGUGUCCAUUCAAGCUGCUGCUGGUUAGUAGCUCGGAGUACAGGAUUGUAGCUAACGAUAGUUUGCUGCAUACCAGCACAGGCAGAAAAUACACAAAGGAAGAAUAUAACGUGGUGGAUGAACUUGGAAAGGCUUGGAUUUGCACUAACUAUACAGCAAUUCCUAACACUACAGCAAUUCCUCACCCUGAGACGAAAACUGCUUUGGAAAGCACUUUCCUGCGAUAUUUUACCAUAGUUGGAUUUUCUCUAUCAAUUUGUGCGCUUGUCUUAACUUUGCUGAUACACUGUAUCUUUAAUGAGCUUCGAGGAACACUUCCAGGUAAAAACCUGAUGAGUUUAUGCCUGGCCCUCCUCCUGGCGCAGUUCAUUUGGCUCUUUGGUUCUGGAGACACCGACAAGCCAACUUUUUGUAGUGUCAUAGCAGCCAUUAUUCACUACCUUAUUCUGGUGUCUUUUGCGUGCACUGCCGUUAUAGCCUUUGACACUCGCCGAACCUUCUCCAGUCAGAUUUCCAAAGCUCCUAGCCGUUCUCUUGGACAGAGUCGGAAUCUGCGAUUCCUUUCCUACAGUUGCUCGGCAUGGGGUGUUCCACUGCUUUUUGUCAUCGGCUGUGUCCUGCUUGAUCAGUUUCACGUUGUUUUCAUCGGUUAUGGUAACCAAGACGCCUGCUGGCUAGUCAACAGCAAUGCCAAGAUCGUCGCCUUUGCCACACCGAUAGCUUGUGUCCUUCUGUACAACGUUAUAGCCUUUUCUCAUACCGUGUGGGCCAUCAACAAUGCAAGAACGCAGACACGCAGGGUAAAAUCAUCCCGACAGGACCAACGAGCCGUCCUAAAAAUCUACGUGCGCCUGAUUUCCCUGAUGGGCUUUACUUGGUUUUUCAGUUUCAGUGCGGAGCUCAUUCACAAAGCGCUUGUCUACCCUUUCGUAAUCCUUACGACUCUUCAAGGAGUAUACGUAUUCGUGGCUUUCAUCUGCAAGACCCGAGUGCUUAAGCUGAUGAAGGAGCGGUUUUCAAGGUCCAGGAAAGAUGCGCUAGCGUCCACACAACACACUACAAGCACGGAGUGCAGGAGCUUACCUCAGUACUCGCCAUACCGAUCACAAAGAGAGACACAUAUGUAAAGGUGCAGACUACAAAGCACAACUGAUUAAAUCUCGAUUUGUUAUCAUUAUUUUUAUUUAUUAAUUUAUCUAUUUAUUUUCAUGGCUGUCGAUUGCUGAUAAACAGUAGGUCUGAACAUAAAAAGGGACACUUUUUCGCAGAAACUGAAGGUUGUUUUAAAUGUUUUCGACAUUUUGUUGCAUUAUUAAUAUUUAGAGUCCAUAAGAUCGAGACGAUAACACAUGUAGAAAUUGCUUUUAGACAACUGAACGACUAGAUAAACAUUUCCAGUUUGCUGAGAUGGACUUAGACUAUUUUAUUAAGGGGUUUUAGGCUUACAUCGACAACAGAAAGGUAACGUAUUAGUUUGUGUGUAGAGAGAAUUUGUGCGCUUCUUGUUGCCUUUAAGAACCGGAACGGAAUUGUUAAGUUAUCCGAGAUAAUAUACUAAAAGUACCGUGAUUUGAUAUUAAUGCCGAUCCAGUCAAGUAAUUCUUGACAAUAUAUUACAUUUCCCUUACGAACGUUUAAUAGAUUGUCCUCAAAUGCAAUUUCGACACUUCACAAUCCUUGAUUGCGCAAACGCUGUGCUCCGAUGCGCAC